CUAACAAAUCAAAAUACGAGGCUUAAAAACGUUUCUCUAAAUCGAAAGUUAGCAAAUUCCCUUGGAUUGAUCAUAUUGAGAUUUGACUUAUUCAAACUUAAAUCGAUAGGCACCGAUUCAUUUACUGUUCUUGAACGGCUAUGAAUCCAAACCAAACUGUACCUUCCAAUUGAAUUGAAAUCAAAAUCAAAACACCAUCACCUUCAUCGAUCGAUCUGUGCGAUUCAUUCAUUCGGAAUGGGUUCUGUAAAAAACGCAAGGAAUAAUAGCAAAGGAAGUGGAAGUGGAAGUGGAAGUGGAAAUAGAAGUGGCAAUUGUCUACCAGGAGAGGCGAAGAAGAUUCUGAAGUCGCUGGCGUCGAGAUGGGGAGAUACGAUCAUGGACGAGGACGAUGGUGGUGAUGCAUUGCAAGUGAUCCCACUCAAGGGUGCGAUGACAAACGAGGUUUACCAAAUAAAAUGGCCUACACAACAAGAGUAUUGCUCUCGCAAGGUCAUAGUCAGGAUUUACGGUGAGGGCGUCGAAGUUUUCUUCGACAGGGAUGAUGAGAUCCGUACCUUUGAGUUCAUGUCCAAGCAAGGCCAAGGCCCUCUUCUUCUCGGACGGUUCCCCAAUGGCCGAGUCGAGGAGUUCAUUCACGCUCGGACACUAUCAGCUUCUGAUCUACAUGACUCAGAUAUAUCUGCUCUUAUAGCAGCCAAAAUGAAGGAGUUUCAUGAUCUUGAUAUGCCUGGUCCAAAGAAAGUCUUACUGUGGGAUAGACUGCGUAAUUGGCUUAAAGCAGCCAAAAGUAUGUCUCCCCCAGAAGAAGCUGAGGCUUUCCGCUUAGAUGCCAUGGACGAGGAAAUAUCCAUAUUGGAAAAGACUCUUUCACACAAUAAUCAACUAAUAGGAUUCUGUCACAAUGAUUUACAAUAUGGUAACAUAAUGAUCGAUGAAACGGCGAAGUCAAUAACUAUAAUUGACUAUGAGUAUGCAAGUUACAACCAUGUUGCUUAUGAUAUAGCAAAUCACUUUUGUGAGAUGGCUGCCAAUUAUCAUACAGAAACACCUCAUAUUUUGGACUACAGUAAAUAUCCAGGUUUGGAGGAUCGUCAAAGGUUUAUGCGCAUUUAUCUGAGUUGUUCAGGUAACCAACCUAGUGAUACGGAAAUUAGGCAGCUAAUUGAAGAUGUUGAGAAGUAUACUCUUGCAAGCCAUCUGCAUUGGGGCUUAUGGGGAAUAAUAUCGGAACAUGUUAAUGAAAUUGACUUCGACUACAUGGAGUAUGCAAGGCAGAGGCUUCAACAGUACUGGUUAAGAAAGCCUGAGCUAUUGGGUUCUUUCGGAGCUACCCCGGGUGGUGUGGCUGAUGGCAGUUAAGAAGGUACAGGACACUGUUGAAGCCAUUACGUAUGCUCUAGAUGAAUAUUUGCGACAUUUGCUAGCUUAGAAGGAAUGACCAUCGGUUUGUUGAGAUCGUUGGAACUCGACUUCCAUAGAUGUAUGUAAAAAAAUGAAGAAUGGUAUUUCUCAGGUGUUGUAGUACAGGGAUAAAAUGUCGCGAAAAGUGAGGGUUAAACAUCGAUGUAAUUGUCAUUUUCUUGUGUAUAAAUUUGCAGGAGUCUUCGUGGAAUGGCUUGAUAUUAUCGUCUUGAUACUUCCGAGAAAUUUAAUGUAUAUCAGAAUUGUGUUCUUAGUGAUUUGUGUCCAUGCAUCAAGGGACUUGAUAAAUCCUAGGAUUUGGAAAUUCUUUUGACUUUAAUUCUUGUGAUUUAUAUGGAAAAUUUUGAAUGUUUCUUUUGGGAUCAAUGAA